UGGCAGCAGAGAUCUGCCAUAGAUAAAUACACAGACACACAGAAAAACCAGAGAGAAAGAGAGAGAGAGAGGAAGAGAGGAAGAGGAAGCAUCAAAAUGGAGGACUGCUGCUUGUGUAGAAUAAUUCAGUAUUAUUAGAUUGUCUGUGUGUGUGGCUUCUAUUUAAUCUGUUUUAUAUUAAGGGCAGUGUCAUCAUUUUGGAGGCAAAGGUGACAUCAUUGUGUUGUGAGAAGAGCGGUCGCUCCAUCCUCUGAAGAAAGUGGACAGUCAAUCAGACUGAAGGAAUUUGCCCUCAUUUCAGUGGUCCUGUUGUUUCAGUGUAAAAAUGGAUCAGAAAAGCUUCAUCCUCUCAGACUCACACCUGUGAACACCAGAGCCAAUGGAUAUUAAAGGCCAGUGCUGGACAGAUGAAGAAUCAGAUGGAGAGAAUGAAUCUGAGCAGUUCCUGUAUGGUAUUCAGGGGAGCUGUGCAGCUGACCUGUAUCGUCACCCGCAGCUGGACGCUGAUAUUGAAGCUGUAAAAGACAUUUACACGGACAGCGCUGUUUCUGUCAGAGAGUAUGGCACGAUUGAUGAUGUGGACAUCGACCUACAAAUCAACAUCAGCUUCCUGGAUGAGGAGGUGGCGACCGCAUGGAAGGUCAUUCGAACAGAACCCAUUGUCUUGCGUCUCCGUUUCUCUCUUUCACAGUACCUAGAUGGACCAGAACCAUCUGUGGAUGUUUUCCAACCAUCUAAUAAGGAAGGCUUUAGCUUAGGCCUCCAACUAAAGAAGAUUCUCAGCACGUUCACAUCUCAGCAGUGGAAACAUCUCAGUAAUGAGUUCCUCAAAGCUCAACAGGAGAAACGACACAGCUGGUUCAAAGCUGGAGGAACCAUCAAGAAAUUCCGUGCCGGAUUGAGUAUCUUCUCCCCGAUCCCAAAGUCUCCCAGUUUCCCUCUGAUCCAGGACACUGUUUUGAAAGGCAAACUGAGCGUCCCAGAGCUCAGAGUCACCAGGCUUAUGAACCGCUCCAUCUCUUGUACCAUGAAGAACCCAAAGGGGGAGCUGUUCAGCUACCCUCCAAACAGCCAGGCGGGCGGACACUGCAAGAACAUCCCCACGCUGGAGUACGGCUUCCUCGUCCAGAUCAUGAAAUACUCUGAGCAGCGUAUACCCACUCUAAACGAGUACUGCGUGGUUUGUGAUGAGCAGCAUGUCUUUCAGAACGGAUCCAUGCUGAAGCCUGCAGUGUGCACGAGAGAGCUGUGUGUGUUUUCAUUCUACACACUGGGCGUGAUGUCAGGUGCUGCUGAAGAGGUCGCCACUGGUGCUGAGGUUGUGGAUCUAUUGGUGGCCAUGUGUCGAGCCGCUCUGGAGUCGCCCCGUAAAAGUAUAAUCUUUGAGCCGUAUCCAUCUGUGGUUGACCCCAGUGACCCCAAAACACUCGCCUUCAACCCGAAGAAGAAGAAUUAUGAGCGUUUGCAGAAAGCUCUUGACAGUGUGAUGUCUAUUCGAGAGAUGACACAGGGCUCGUAUCUGGAGAUUAAGAAGCAGAUGGAUAAAUUGGAUCCUUUGGCCCAUCCAUUACUACAGUGGAUCAUUUCCAGUAACAGGUCACAUAUUGUGAAGCUGCCACUCAGUAGGCAACUAAAGUUCAUGCACACAUCUCAUCAGUUUCUGCUGUUAAGCAGUCCGCCAGCGAAAGAAGCUCGAUUCCGCACCGCAAAGAAACUCUACGGCAGCACGUUUGCGUUUCAUGGUUCCCAUAUUGAGAACUGGCACUCUGUUCUGAGGAAUGGACUUGUCAAUGCCUCUUAUACCAAACUACAGCUGCAUGGAGCAGCAUAUGGGAAGGGCAUCUAUCUGAGCCCUAUAUCCAGCAUUUCCUUUGGAUACUCAGGAAUGGGGAAGGGGCAACAUCGCAUGCCCACAAAAGAUGAACUAGUCCAGCGAUAUAAUCGAAUGAACACGAUGCCGCAGAGUCGUCCGAUUCAGUCACGAUUCCUCCAGAGCAGAAAUUUAAACUGCAUUGCUCUUUGUGAAGUAAUCACAUCUAAAGACCUACAGAAACAUGGAAAUAUAUGGGUUUGUCCGGUGUCUGAUCAUGUCUGCACACGCUUCUUUUUUGUGUAUGAGGAUGGUCAGGUAGGAGAUGCUAAUAUUAACACACAGGAGCCCAAGAUACAGAAGGAAAUCAUGCGGGUGAUUGGCACACAGAUCUACUCCAGCUGAACAAGGUUUCCCUCGGACACUGCUUGGAUUUUCAGAGCUGAGAUGGACACAUUCCUGGGUUUCAAACUCACUCAUGGGUGGAAACAGAGAGGAGCCCAGCAUCUCUCUCCUACCUGCCCUCUUUACUCUUCUGGGCUCCAUCUAUACUUUCUGUUAUCCUGUUUUUGUAGGGAGUGUGGGUCAUGCAUUUCCUCCAGUGUGGUUUUCCUGUUUGGGAUGGAUGUACAACUGCCUGUUUCUCUCUCAACAGGAAAUUAGAUUUAAGAAACAGCAGGGACAUACGUAGAAGCUUUUAUCUGCUCACUUCAAAGAAUUGCUGCUAACAGUGCAAAAAAACCCUCCCACAUUUCUUUGUGACAUCUCUGUGACUACCUUCCGAGUUGCUGUCAGUCAAAACAAGACAAAUGCUUGAUGGGAGGGGCGGUUGUCUAGUGAAACUGUUUUGAACUUGCUCAAGCAAGUUACAUCCAUCAAAUUCUCUCAUUUACUUUUUAAACUCCUUUGAUAUCAAAUGCAUCUCUUUGACAAACCGUUUCACACAAGAAGGGGGGAAAUUACUAUAGUGAAUUGCGCCUGCUGAUAGCGCCAUUUAUUUGCACAUGCUGUCUGUGUUGUUUUAGAACCCGAUUCACAAAAGCAAUUAUGAAAGUCAGGCAACUGCGCAAGUAUAGACAAAAAUUUGUACUGAAUGCAAUUUGCACCACACUGUUCUCCCAGGUUGUGGAGUAUGACGUAGAUUAUCACGAUGUGGCAUAUUUUACUUGGACUGUAUAGCAUCACUCCACCACUGUGUUCCAGCUACUGAGUUGAAAUGCUGAAAGUGUGCUCCACUAUACCAUGCAUCUGGAUAUAUGCCCAGUUAUAACACUGAUCUCCAACUUAAUCAUCAUUUGAUGAAUUACUGCUGCCAUGAUCACUAGAGUUUAAACAAAUGUGUCUUUUAAAGAAAAUUUCAUUUGCCAGCAAUAAAAGCGCAACAUUAAUUGCGCCAGGCAAAUAACGCAGAUUUUUGUGAACAAGGUAAAUUAUAUUUUUUUCCCCACUUUGGAAUGCCCAAUUUCCAAUGUGCUCUAAGUCCUCAUGGUGGCAUAGUGAUUCGCCUCAAUGGCGGCGGAUGAAUCUCAGUUGCCUCCGCUUCUGAGACCGUCAAUCCGUGCAUCUUAUCACGUGGCUUGUUGAGCAUGUUACCGCGGAGACAUAGUAUAUGUGUAGGCUUCACGGUAUUCUCUGCGGCAUCCACGCACAACUCACCACGUGCCCCACUGAGAACGAGAACCACAUUAUGGUGACCACAAGGCGGUUACCCCAUGUGACUCUACCCUCCCUAGCAACCGGUACAAUAUUGUUGCUUUGGUGACCUGGCUGGAGUCACUUAGCACGCCCUGGAUUCGAAAAUGCGACUCCAGGUGUGGUAGUCAGCCUCUUUACUCGCUGAGCUACCAGGCCCCCAAUAAGGUGCAUUCUUUAAUAAGCCCAAUUUGCAUAGGAAGGAGACAUGUUUGUCCUGAAAAGAAUGAUAAAGAUAUAUUUUAAAUAUGGCACAGUGUGAAAUCAGAGAUUAAACUGGAUUAAACUGGAUUGUGGUGUGUGUGCCAAAAAAGUGCUGCAACUGUUUAGGGAAUUUGACCCUAACUUUUGUUUCCUUUAAAACUCUCUUCAUUUCUAAUUCAAUCUGUUCAAUUUGUUUCUCACACUAAAAAUAUUUAAACACGUUAAAGAAAGUCAUUUAAAAAUGUUUAUGCAGUUUUUUGUCACUGAAGUGUAAAUGAUAGAUCUUUGUGCGUUUUUAUUGUGUUUGUAAAGCGCAAUCUUCAUAUCUCUGCUUGGCUGCUCUUACUGAGUAAUGACAUAUAUUAAUAUCCCAGAUGUAUUUAUCUCUGAGUUUUUUGCUGAAAUCAAUUUCCUGACUUUUGUUUCACGGCCCACUGAACUCCACUUGCGUACAAACGCUCGCCGUGAUUUAUCACGGUACUUUCUCUUUUGGAAAGUCACAGAAACUUAACAGUGGAUUUUUCUCUUGCUCUUGGACCAAAUGGGAACAAAAAUAAUAUUUACUGUGGUCUCCCAUUCACCCACUAUAGUUUACUUCCACUCUUCAAACCUGGAAAUGUGAAAAGGGUCCAUUGAUUCCUUUGGGACAUUCUGUAAAGCUUGUGUAAAGUGUCUGAGAUGUAUUUCUGCUCUCAAUUCUUGGACAUUCCUGAGUGCUUGUUGAUAAUUUCCACAAAAGCUUACAUUCUUUUCUCUGCAGUAGACUUCUAUGUGUUGACUUUUUUUCUGUUUGUUCUCUCUGACUCUUUGUAAGCAUGUCAAAGUCUCUCAGUUUGUCUUUCUAAGUUGUAUAUUAUUUUGUAGAGUUUGUUUUCAGAUGUCGGACUGAUGUCUGAUUCUCUCUAAUGCACCUUCUCUGCGACAUGCCCUGUGGCUUUUUUAGACUGGCAAACAAAGGCAUGAAAUGGUCAGAAAUGUUGAUUCUUUCUAUGAAAUCAGGUUUGGAGGCUGUGUGUUGGAGGUGUAAACUUUACCUGUAAAUAACAACAAUGGGAAUGGAGUAAUUGUACCUGUGGAAUGUUUUUAGCCAGUCUGAGAUGAAAUUUCUGAUUUACUCUUCUUUGGUUAUGCUGCGGUAUAAAGGUGGAAUUGGUGCUGAAACUAAGGAAUAAAGAGA